AUGGACAGAGUGUGUGACGUGCGUAAGGCUGACGGCUAUAACGCCCUCUCCAUCCAGUGGGGAGUCAUUGGGGAUGUAGGGGUUGUCGUGAAGAGCACCGGACGGGACGACAUCGUCAUCAUCGGAACGGUAGCCCAGCGUAUGCCGUCGUGUCUACAGACAAUGGACACGCUGUUGCAGUCGGACCAUCCCGUGUGUAUGUCUUUCGUGAAGUGUGAGCCCAAACUGGAGUCGAGUGGAGGCAAAGAGAACUUCAUGAAGAAGUUGGCGCACAUUCUCGGCAUGGAUGACAUCAAGAAAGUCGACCCCAACACCAAACUCCUGAAGCUGGGAAUGGACUCACUUAUGGCGGUCGAGGUGCAGCUGUCCAUCGAAAGGGAGUUCGGAACUGUUCUCACGGCACAGGAGAUCCGCGAGCUGUCCAUCGCUAGAGUUCUGGAGAUCGGAACCACUUCGGAGGCCAAAUGA